AUGGUUCUCACUACUGGUCUCAAGGGUGCCCAUGUGCUCAUCACAGGAGGUACGCGGGGUAUGGGAGAGGCAAUGGUUCACAAGUUCCUCCAGGAGGAAGCCAAUGUGUCCUACUGUGCCCGGACUGUCACCAAUACCGAAUAUGAUGAGUUCUAUUCGACUCUCCCUGAGGGAAAUACUGCCCGCGCCGUGGGCACCGCAUUCGAUGUUGCUAGCAAAGACGCCCUCGUCCAGUGGGUCGAGAGCUCCGCCGAGCGACUCGGACGAAUUGACGUGAUCAUCGCCAAUGCGUCGCCGAUGCAUAUGGAGGGCGAGACCGAACACUGGGAGAGCAGCUUUGCGAUCGAUGUCAUGGGCUUCGUCGAGCUGGUCAGGGCAGCCACUCCCUACUUGGAAAAGUCUCCCCAGGCAUCCAUCAUUGUGCAGAGCUCAUUCAUGGGACGGGAAUUCUACCGCUCCCCUCCGGCGGCUUACGGGCCCUGCAAGGCAGCACAGCUGCAGCACGUCCAGGAACUCUCUCACUUCUUGGGACCUAAGGGUAUCCGGGUCAAUGCCAUCUCUCCAGGACCAAUUCUUUGCAAGGGAGGUCCCUGGGAGCUCUAUUCUAAGACCAACCCCGAAUGGGUAGAGGAACAGCGACUGAAGAUUCCUCUCAAGCGCUUGGGAGGACCAACUGAGGUGGCGGACGUUGCAGUAUUCCUGGCGAGUCCCCUGGCCAGCUUCGUGUCCGGCACAAAUUUGUUGGUGGAUGGCGGAAUUCAUGUCGGCACCCAGUUUUAG